CUAUAAUAUUUUAUCUUAAGAUGCCCAAAUAUAAAAUAUUAUAGUAUCUUAAACUAUCACACACGGCUAAGAUACGAUAUUAUUAAAAAUCUGUUCAUUUCCUUACGAGUCUGCGUUGGUGCCACACGUAUUCCUUGUUAGAGUUCUAUAUACAGGGUGAUGGACUAUGAGUGAUACUGCCUUACUUCAUGAUUUGUUAGACAGCUCCUCAGACGAUGAUUCUGAUAUACAGAAUUACCGAGAACCAUUUUAAUCUAAGUAGGUCUACCGCAAAUAAAAUAGGUGACCAAUAUAGCUGUGAAAUGUGUCACUUUGGAAGAGUACGCGCCAAAACAAAACUCGACGCAAACUCGUGCGGCGGCAACACAGCGCAGACGCCUCGCUCCAAACGUUCCAAUUUCAAAAUGUCCAGUUUGAAAAUAUUCCGCGGGAGCCUCGCGCGUAACUUUUUAAACAAUAAUUUCAAACAUGAAUGCAAAAGUGCGAACCAAAGAGUUCCGAAAUCCCAACAUUUUCGACGCUGCUACGCGACUCAACCAGUUUCAGUGUUGGAACCGAAUGUGUUGAGUUCCCCCUGGGGUGAAAUUACUAUUGGCCAGGAAAAUUUACAUGACCACAUUUUUCAAGAUGUCCAGAUGUGGCCAGAUGCACCAUGUGUGACAUGCGGCACCUCCGGCCGCUCGUACGAGUACGGCAUGAUGAUGCUGAUGGUAGACCGCUGCGCCCAGGCACUGAUCGGCCACGUGGGGCUGGACCCCGGGGACAGGGUGGGGCUCAUCCUGCCCAACAUCCCGGAGUUCGUGGUCGUCUGCCAUGGGGCGCUGAAGGCGGGCCUGGUGGUUACCUUCGCGAACCCGCUGUAUACUGCUGACGAACUCCGAAGACAAUUCACAGACUGCGGUGUGAAGUUGAUAGCGACGAUAGAAAUGUUCAUGCCGGUCGCAAAAGAGGUUGCCAAGUCGUUGAAGGAUUACAAGGGCACCAUAUUCAUUGGAGGAGAGGAUGAUAAAACACAAGGUGUAUACGGGCUACGUUCGCUUCUAUUGGCGGAUCACAAGGCAGAUCUGACUAAAGUGAGCGGCGACGAUCUCGCCAUCAUUCCCUACUCCAGCGGAACCACGGGUCUACCCAAAGGUGUCAUGCUGACCCACAAGAACCUGGUCUGCAAUAUCAAGCAGGUGCAAGCGCCGAAGGUUAUGAAGUAUGAGGGAGAAAAAGGCAAAGGCGAUGUGGUACUGACAGUUCCCCCGUUUUUCCACAUCUACGGGUUCAACGGUAUCCUCAACUAUAACCUCAUACUGGGCUACCAUGUCGUUUCCAUUCCAAAGUUCACGCCAGAAGAAUACAUAAAGGCCCUUGUAGAAUACAAGCCGAGUACGUUAUUCGUGGUACCAUCACUCCUGGCCUUCUUAGCAACACAUCCGAUGGUGAAGAAGGAACAUCUACAGUCUGUUGAAACUAUCAUGGUGGGAGGCGCGCCCACCACAGACGCCAUGUUUGAGAGGUUCCUAUUGAAGGUUGAGAAGACGAAAAACCAGAUACAGCUGUUGCAAGGUUACGGCAUGACAGAGAGUUCUCCCGUGACUCUCAUGACACCGUUCAUAUACCCCCACAGCAAGGUGGGGUCAGUUGGUCAGUUGGUGAUGUCGACGCAGGGCCGCAUCAUGUCGCUGUCCACCGGCCAGGCGCUGCCACCGCACCAGUCUGGUGAACUGCUGCUGCGUGGCCCACAGUUGAUGAAAGGCUACUGGAACAAUGAGAAAGCCACAAAGGAAACAAUCGAUAGUGAAGGCUGGCUGCACACUGGCGACGUUGCGUACUACGACGAAGAUCAUUACUUCUACGUCGUCGAUAGGACGAAGGAGCUCAUCAAAGUUAAGGGCAACCAGGUGUCGCCAACAGAGAUUGAGGGUAUUAUCAUGGAGUUACCAGAAGUAGCGGACGCAGCAGUAGUAGGCAUACCAGAUCCCUUGGCCGGGGAAAUUCCAAGGGCCUUCGUGGUGCUCAAACCCAACCAGAAGUUGACUGAACGACAAAUAUACGACGUCGUCGCUCAGAAACUAACCAAAUACAAACGUCUCGAGGGUGGAGUGGUAUUUCUAGAAAUUAUACCCAGAAAUGCAGCCGGCAAAAUCCUCAGGAACGAAUUGAAAGUUUUAGGCAAAAAAGGUCUAUGAUAAAUUAUUGAUAUUAUAAUUUGUAAAUAGUAUUUUGUGAUUGUAGAAAUAAGAGUGCUAUUUUGUUGACUUGUCAACUUAAGUUGGAGGUAAGAUGAGGAGUCAGUACCUGCACAAAGGUUUAAAAAUAUGUAAUAAUAUUUUAUAGUCAAUGUGAACAAUAAUUAAAUUUGCAAUAAUGUAAUAUUUAUGUAGUGUAAAUAGAUAGGUGUACAGUAAUAUAGAGUACUUACUUGUUGCGAUUGGCAGAAAAGUUAUACAAUUAUAUAUACAU